CCUCGUAGUCGCGUCCGCGCUUGUCCUCUCGUCGUGGCUGCUCUCGUCUACAUAUCAAAAUCGAGUGUUCGCGACGACGUCACGUCAUCGUCAGCAGCAACCUCGUGACCCCGCGCGCGCGAGUCACGUACGGUAUACCGCCCCAUUGGACUCGGGCUUAACCUCGCGCGUGGCGACGACGGCGGCGACGGCGGCUCUACCAGGGCGAGCCGCGCGCGGCACGGUCGCUAUGGCAAAGGGUGGCAUCACUGGGAACGUGUUGGAAGCCACGGGACGAUGCAGCGCUCAUUGAUAUGACGCCAUUUUACUAACCUUUCCGUCGUGUACCACUACGAGUCGUUCGGGGCCACCGAAACGCUUCGCGCUGCGCGCCGCAUGCCACGCGGCUGUUCGCAACGUUCCACGGACUACGCUCAACGCCUGACCCCGGACGCUCCGCGAAAGUAGAUUGCUGUAACAGUUCGCACUAUUAUGGAAGAUGAGGAUGGAGAAAGUAAAAUAGUAGAUAUGUGGAACAUAUUGGAGGAGCAGCGACUCAAUGAUUCCACAUUGGACAAUGCACUGAAACAUUCCAUCGGCGACGUGUACAGAGCUGCAAUCGAGGAGGAACAGUUGAUCCGCUACAACUCCAUCAUAGCGAACGACACGUCAGCCAAAAAUAUUGUCCCAGAGUCAAAACUCCUAGGCUUCAAGGGCUUCAAGAAGCGGAUUUUGUCCGAGGCUCGGGAAGUUCCCACCGCCGCGCCAAAGAACAGCGCGCCAGCCUGGCAAUCGACGCAUCCCAAUGCGAGAACCGGCAGGGACAAGGGAGUGGAGAGGAAGCGGAAGCGUAAGAUAACGGAGUACGCUCAAUAUCUGGGCCUCCGACCGUCCGCGAGAUACAAGUGCUCCAAGUGCCACGCGUGGUCCAGUUACGGUCGCAACUCGAAACAGAACUCGUGCGCCUGUAAUCCUAGUAUGACACCGAUGCCCAGUACAUCCGAGUCGAGUGCCUCGGUGCCGCACGCGAGCAACUUCAAGAUCACGCGGAAGGUUUACUUGUGCUCGGCGUGUGGCACGUACUUUGAAAAUUGGAACUUGUUCUUGCACAUGAGGGACAUACACAAGCGUCACAUAUGCCUUUACUGCCUAGGCAUGUUUGGCCAGGCGGAGAGGCUGUCGUAUCAUUUGAUGAACAAGCACAGCGUUCCGGAGAUGGCGUUCUCCUCGGUGGAGGAUUUCUAUCACGCCUUCAAGGGCUCGUGUUACCUGAUCUGUUGCAGCUGCGAGAAGGUGUUCUCGGAGACCGACGAUUUCUUCAAUCACUUUUGUUCCCCGGUGUUGGAACAGGACGCGACCGUAGCCGUUGCGUCUAUGUGCACCAUAUGUAGGCAAACCGGCACGCACGCGAGUACCUGUAAUUUCACACUAUCGUUGGAUACGGAUAAGGAAUUGUGUAGCGCCUCAACGCCCCUGACAGUCUCCGCUGAUGCAACGUGUACGGACAAUGCAUCACCGGCGACCGUUCCUCCGUCGGAGAUAACUACGAAUCUCGGGGGUAAAGGACUACCGAGAAAAGCGUUAAAAUACAACAGGAGGAAACGCGGAAGGGACGAUACAACGCAACAGUCCAAUCAGCAACAAAAAUUGAGCCCGCUGACGAAGCUUGGCGCAAAAGGCCCGUGUAACGAGAAUCAAUUCGAUUGCGAUCUCGAUGUCCAAAGAGAAAUUACGAACAGUUUACCUAGGGAUACAGUCACCGAAACGAUAAUGGAAGUGUCCAGGUACACGGGCGGUAAUUCAUCCGACGAGAAUGAUGAGAACGACGAACAAGCGAUGAAUAAAGAAGUGUACAACAAUCGUGACAGAAGCUCGGGAGGAAAGUCGCCGGUUCAAAAUUGUCAACUCGAUUUCAGUGAGCCUUACGAUAGUGUAACCGAGACUAUCAUGGAGGUGUCACGCUACACGGGCGAAGAAAAUAAGAAUGAGAGAGAAGAUGCAACGUAUACCCCAAAUGCACGUGCGUCGCAUGCGCUUGAAAAGAUGGAUAAUGAAGACGAGGAAACGUGUGAAAAAAGUGACACCGAUCCGUCACGCUCGGUCAGUUCGAGAGCACCUAGUCCAAUGCAGUGGGACGCCGAGGAGAUGGCGACAGCGGAUACAAAAACGAACGCUACGUGCGAGACUACCAAGUACGACAGUUCACGAGAUGCGCAAAGUUGCAGUCCCAUCAAUCGAUCAUUGUUUAGUCCGCAACACGAAUCGCACAUAUCGGAUCCGCAAUCCAAAGAAAGAGACAGUUCCGAGGAUGCCGACAAGAAGAAGGUGGAGAAACCUGUCGCGACGAACGCCACCGAAUCUCAAGCCUCAGUUUCGUUUAACGCCGUUGCUUCUUCCGAUAGGAGUUUGGUCAUCAAGAUUUGUAAUAGGAACUCGCAAUUCAGAGUUGCGACAACCACCGUCACGAGUAGGGAAUCCGAGGAGAACAACAACGCCGAAGAAUCAACGUCGAAGGAGAGACUGUCGAACGGUUCGGAAUUGGAGAGGGACAUCGUUGGCGAUAAUCAAGCGAACGAACUGGACGAUAGUGAUUCCGACAGCGAUAAAUUGGCGGUAGUAGACAGCAAUCCGGAGGAGGAUGAGGAAGCGGAUGACGGUGAGGAGGGCGAAGAAGCCGACGAGGCCGAAGACAGGCGCGACGACGCGGAAGACGAAAACCAAAGGAACCAGGGGGAAAAUGACGAAACUAGAAUUGGAACAUAUACCGAUGAGUUAUUUUCUGUCACGGGAACGUCGAUGUCGGUCGGUAACACCAGCGAGACGUCCGUUAGCAACGCAGUCGGAGAUGUUGCGAAGGAACAAGUGAGAAGCCAUACGGUGGACAAUGCUGGUAUCGUGUUGGCCGGCGAGGAUGUCCCGUGUAUUGACCUGAACGUCGAGGGCACGCUGGACAGCAUGGAGCUGGAGGAGCUUUUGAAACGUUGCAUACAGGCAGCCAGUCCCACCUGCGUGUACUGUAACCACGCACGAUACAUCGCCGUCAACGGCAGACAGCUAGGCCUGCACAUGCUGGCGGAGCACAAGUUUCAGCCGCAGCAUCCCGCGAUAAUCAUACACGCGGAACAGUUCACCGUGCGAGUGAAGAGAUCCCUCGACGAGCUCGAAUCCCGUUACUUUAAUCUGGAUACGUAUAACAGCAUGGAUGGCACGUACAACGUGCCGAAAGUGUUGAUAUACGAGUGUUUUCAUUGCAGAUUUCAUUCAACGGUGCACAAGGAGUUAUACUUGCAUAACCGGAAGAUGCAUCAGAAGACCAUAUUGAUCUGCAUAAUGUGCAAAUCGACGUUCUACAGUUAUAGCGAGUUGGUGUGCCAUCUGUGUCCUGGCGUUUACUCGCCGAAUGUGAAUCUGCGAUAUCGAUGUUGCCUCUGCUCGGUGGCGAGUCUCCCGUCGGCGUUCCGAUUGAUGGUUCACGUGCGCAAACGUCAUCACGCCUGCGACGUCUGUCUGGAGUCUACAGGCAAUCAGCAGCGUCUCUCGAAUCAUGUAUGGAAGCACAAGCUACAUCAUUUGUGUUACAGAUGCGGCAUCGCGUACCGUAACAAACCGGACAUUACGAAACAUCUGUUCUGGAAGCACGGCACGGAGAGCGUCCUGUGUCGAAAAUGCUUGCAGAAGAAAUGGCCGCACAUAUAUCAUUUCUGUAUACCGCCCACAGCGUUCGUCUGCGAGGAGUGCGGCUCGAGUUUUAGGCGCGCAGUGGCGCUUAAGGUGCACAAGAGGCUGCACUCCGGCGAUUCACCGUACGGCUGCGAUGAAUGCGAGCAGCGUUUUAUAUCGCGAAAACUCCUGGCCAAGCAUCAAACGGCUCAUAGGGAACCCGAACCGGAAAAUGUCCACGUGGAAGUAACGAAUACGGAUGUCCCGUUGAUGGACAAGGAUGAAAAAUUGGACAAGGACAUGCCCGUGGCGACAACCGACGGGGACCCGACGACGGGAGUAGAGACCACGUCAAAAAAUGUCAAAGAGGCUGUGAAAAGAGUGGUCGAUGUUUACGAUCUGCCGCCACUCAAUCUGUCGUCUGAAAGCGACACGGAUAGCGAGGAGGAAAAGGAGAAGGAAAAACCCACUUCCACGGAAAAAUCACCGGAGAAGGAAAAUAUUGAGGAAGACGCAGUGAAGAAGAAUGAAAUCACCGAAACGACCGUCGCCGACGAUGAAGACGUUGCCGCGUCGAGCAACGACAUAGUCGAGGUAGAGCGGAACGAAGAAGAGAAGAAGCAGGAAGCGCGCAUUAUGGACGGUAUUUGGGACAACUUUAAGACGUAUGCUGCCAGUCUGGACGUAGAGGAAUCCGCCAAGAAUGUCGCGUUGAAAGAGAGCGUACCUGAAACCGACGCCGCGUACUUGAGGAGUAUCGUUUUUUCCGACCACGAUUAUUGCGUAGUACAUUCAUCCGAUAAAGAGAAAAAGGAAGAUGAAGCUACUUCCAAGGACGACGAUGCGACGGCACACGAAACCAAAUCUGGAAGAAGUCCAUCACCCGGUACUCCGACUCGCAACGCUGGAGGCGACAACGACGCGAACAAACGGAAGGCAAAGACACCCAAGAAGAAAAAGAGAAGUGGCAGCACGUCAUCCACGAGCGACUCUUCGAGCGACACCGACUCAACCAGUUGCUCAUGUGGCACCAAUUGCAGCUGCAGCAGUUCUUCGUCUGGCAGCUCCUCUAGUUCUAGUAGCAGCUCCGAUUCCGAUAGUUCCGCGUCUGAAAGUUCGCCUAGAAAGCAAUCCGGCAGUCGUAAGGAACGGAAUAAAAAGGAGAAGGAAACUGCACGGGAAAAUAAAUCGCAGUCCCUCGAGCCGGAGAACAAGCCGGAGAUCACGAUAGAGAACGGUCCUACAGACCCUGAGAUAGUAACGAGCGAGCCUUCUCCGAUGAAGCUCUUGCGGGAAUCUGACUUGGAGACCGAGGAAACCGAAACGGACGAGGAUUUCUAUGAUGAAUAUCCACAGCUGCUCGCUAAUAAAUUACUGGCGGAGAAGCGCAAUCAGUUGCUACUGUUGGCUACUGUAGCGCCAGCAUCAACGCCGACCUCGACGCCAACCUCGACGCCGACCUCAACGUUGAUGUCAACGAUGGAACAAUCGUCGAUGCCACUAAAUAACGGUGUUCUGGUCGCAGAAACGGCACUAUCAGAUCCGGUCGCAAUGUCCUUAGAAAAUCAACAGCCGCAACAGCAACAAAAGAGAAAAACAAAAACGAAAAAACGACGGAAGGGCGAAAGGAGCGGUAAGCGGAACGCGAUUACAGCACCCAUCGUAGAAUCGAUCAAACUGAACAUUCCCAAGGCACUUUACCAGAAGAAUUCGGGGUUUACUGCGUCAUCACAGCCAACUUUGCCAUUACAUCCCAACAGCAGGUCCUCGACGCCGAACAUGUUAGCGGCUGCAACGUUCAACGACUUUCAUAGCGGCAAUGCUGCGAACAUCGCGAUAGAGAUGCAACAACAAAUGUCAUCGGCCGUCACCACCGCCGUCAUUGGCGUAUCGAAUCAGAACGUCGGUGGCAGUGGUGGUACGGACACGGAGAAUAAGAGAGUUUCGAAGAGAAAACGCGUGCCGAAGCGCUUUUAUGGUGACUCGAGCGACGACGAGCCACAAGAAAAACAGUCGUUCGGCCGAUGGCGAAAAAACGAGACAAACAUCUCUACAGCCGCUACUAUCAUCACAACCACUACUAUUACUCCUAUUACUACCGCCACGACCAACACCAUCCCGGCUUUUACACCGCUGCCGCCGACAAUAAUGACACCGCCAAAUUCGAAGCCGUUGGUGUCGAGAUUGUCUUUGAGCGGUAAAAUUAUACAAACAUAUAGCAACAAACAUAUGGUAACUCAAGUGGAGCAGGUAGUUGCAAGCCAGCAGCAAACGGCUCUACCAGAAGCAUUACCAAUCGCCGCACCAACGUCCGCCACUGAAUCCGAGGAUCCCGUAGAAAGCAGCAGCGACAGCAGCGAAUCUGAGGCGGAGAAUACUGUAGAAUCGCCAAAGAUCAACCCACCGAUGCUAGCCGUUGGUGCAUCGACUGCUGAACGGCCCGGCAAGAUCUAUUGUUACUGUCGAUGUCCCUAUGACGAGGUGUCGGAAAUGAUAGCUUGCGAUGGUGAUGACUGUCGCAUCGAGUGGUUCCAUUUCGAAUGCGUCGGUAUAAUGGUGCCGCCCAAAGGCAAGUGGUAUUGCCCGGACUGCAGGAAUAAGCACGGUAUUGUGCAGAACGACGAGUACUGCGAUUGAUAGUUGCCGCGUAGAACGACGAUAGACGACGGCAUGUUAUUACCAAAUUCGAGCAAUCGGAUCGUUGCUUUUUAGGCAUAAUGCUAGAAUUUUUGUCUUUUUUUCUUUUUCACGAGCGUACGAAAGGAAAAAAAAAAUUGCUACACUGUUCCACGUUGAUAUUUUUCUUAAACCGAUACACAGAGAGUGUUUGUACAUAACUAUGUAAAUACGUCUUAGAAUUAUAAGAAUGAAAUAAGGUUUUUUGUGUACAUUUCUUUGUACUUCUUUUAACGGCAGCAUGUAUAAAUAGAUAGCGUUUGUAGGUAGAUGAUUAAGUAAAUAGGUAUAUCACCGGCAAGGUAUUAUCAUUAACAUCUAUUGACAAUGUUUCAACUACAUCUGAUGUAAAUAUCUAAAUUAACUUAUAUAAUAAUGGUACCUUAUUGGUGAUAGUAUAGAUAAUGGUACGAAAUCGAACCUAGCAAUGUGGCAGGGUUGCGUCUCUCACAAAUCUUAGGAUCUUUGCCUGAUUGCGAUUACACUUGCAAUCGUUGGCAUUUCUGGCGGUGUCUGUACCCCGGUCUUAGAGCUAUCCUCUAUUACGGUUGGCGCUUAAAUCUAUCUCUGUUGGUCCGGUAAGACCACGCUGUUAAAUGUUUAAUGUAACUGUCGAAUUUAAUUUUCCGCGAAUACGGAAAUGCGAUUAUUUUUUUCUUUUUCGUUGUACUCUAAAUUUUUUAAAUACUAUAUCCUCAAAGCGUCAUCGAUUAUUUCUUUAAUGAUGGCGACAUACGAAUAUUAUUGAGUGGCGCUUCCUUAAAGCAAUGUAUCUCUCGGGAGGCGAAUCUUUCCUUGCUUCUAGUCUUUUGUAGGUAUUGUUUUGGAAUAAAACCCCUUAUUCUUUCAGCAGUCAAAACGUCCCUUUUGCCAAUAGUUUUUUUGCGGAAAAAAAAACCGGUCAACGAUAAUUAUGUGGUAGUACAAUUAUCUGUUUUAUUUUUUUGUAAUACAAGUUUACAAAUAUUGGCGAACAACGUCAUCCUUCGACUUUAAACUGUCGAUUAAUAAAAUAAUAACGCGCGGUAAUUGCAAGUAUAUAAUAUUGGAAAUAAUUAAUGUUUAUUGAACAUUUUAUUGAACACACAUUGCUACAGCAAGUACGAGGAAACAAAUUUAUAUCAUGGUCUUAUAUUAUUUUCUCGUUUCGUACAAAUUACAUAAAUUUUUAUGGGAAUAAAUGAAACGACGAAACGUUGCUGACGAUCCUGCCAGCGUUCUCCUUUAACACUUGUCAUAAUUUUAAUUUAAAUUUUAGCAGAACGAAACGCGGUCGCGCGCGCAAUUUUUGUCUUCAGUUUAACGGUUGUAUGCGUUUAACGGACCUCGUCACAGCGGUAGCUGUAAACAAAUCUUUAGAGUACUGCAAGUAACUGUCACGCUGAUUUCCUCAAUUGUCAGCCAUAGUUUCCUCUAGUAAUUCAAUAUCCAUGAUGUCCAUGGUGAAAUCUUUGUAAGAUAUUCUCUGUAUCAUAACGUAAUAAUACAUUACUCUCGGGAAGCCUA